AUGCAUUUGCGACUCUUUGCCAUUGUCAUAUCCUUGCUAUGUGAGGUGAUCAGGAUGGGGUCUGGUGUCGUGCAGAAGCAAAGUGCUCAAAGAGAGACAUCAGAGGACUGUCGGAGCUGUCUGGAGUGUUCCCGUGACAACGGCUGUGUGCGUUGCCCCGAGCGACUCUUCCUGUUCCUGCAGAGGGAGGGGAUAUCUCACCAUGGAACUUGUGUCCACGCCUGCCCCAAUGGACACUACGGACAGAGAGGGAAGGACAUCAACCGCUGCAUGAAGUGCCGCUCUUUGGACUGUGAGCACUGUUUCAGCCGGGACUUUUGCACCAAGUGUAAGCCUGAGUUCCAGCUGCACAAAGGCAAGUGUCUGACCCACUGCCCAGAGGGAACCUUCGCCCACCAGACCGACUGCCUCGAGAACUGUCUCCAGGCUCCAUUGGGAGAGUGGAGCGACUGGAGCGCCUGUCUCCGUGACGGUGUCAACUGUGGCUUCCGGUGGGGCAAGCAGACCAGGACCCGGGGGGCUGGGCAGUCCGGCAGAACGCCUGAAGAGAACGCAACAUCACUUUGCCCAUCCUACAGCAGCGAGACACAGAGGUGCAGGAUGAAGAAAAAAUGUCCUACAGAAAGAAGAAAGAAUAUAAAAGAAGGACUUGGAAGAAAGAGGGAGAGAAAACGACUACGGCUGCUCGUCAGCGACAACGUUGGCAACUCGGCGAACGGAACAACAGACGCCGCCAGAGAGCAUGGGGAUCCCUGAGGAUGAGGUGCACGCAGCUCACCGCGACACCUGACACAUGUUGGAGUAUCAGUCAGCUGACAUCAGCAUGAGCUUUGAAGUCAGAGACCAAUUCAUUGUUUAUUAUGUUUCCAAUCAGCCUUUAUAAUAAAUGUAUUAAAAUGCACUGCCAUUCACCAGAAUCCUGUUUACUGGAAACUCAAAGGAACAAUUAAGCAGAUAUUAUGACUAAGAAAUUCUUGCGUUGUGAUGCAUGUGACCAAUGAGUCAAAGUUCCCCACCCAAGAAAUGUUGAAACUUGGUGGUAGCCAAUAAAAUAACUGUCCCUUUGGAUAAAACCAGCUCUUUAUCUGGAAUAAGAACAGUUUGAGUUUCACAGAAUUGUAAUGAAUCAGCGAAUGUCUCUCUGACAUUUUCUUGUGAGUUCCAAAAGUCAGAAAAUCGAUCAGACUCACAGAACUUCAGACGCAAAUUAAAUUUGUGCAUUUACAUUCAAGAAAGAAAUCUAAAAGAAGUUGUGAUACCAACAAAUUCUACAAAUAGUAUCAGAAGAGAUUAAAGAAAAUAAAGAAAUACCUUACCUGUAAAGAAGUUCAUCCAUCUAGAUUGUUUUGGUGUGAGUUGCUGAGUUUUGGAGAUAUUGGCUGUAGAGAUGUCUGACUGUACAACAACGUUUCUUUCUAGAAAUCUUGACCCGGUUAUUUAAGAAAAUCAACAGACCUUGUUGUAAUAGUCGUUUCAUGUAGGAACUAUUUUCUAUCAAACUACAUCCGCAUACUGUCCUGUACGUUGCAGCACAGCUGAGGUGGAAGCCAUCAGUGUUUACAUCCUGUAUGAGCCUCCCAUCCAUGAGUAGAUGCACUGUGAUGUAUAGAAAAAAAAAUAGUUCCUCACAACAAGAUCUGCGGAUUAUCUUGAGUAAAUGGGUCAUGAUUUCUAGAACCUCUCUGGUUCUGUUAUAUUGGAGAGAAUGGAGACACCUCUACGGCCGAUAUCUCCAAAACUCAGCAACUCACAGUUUAGAUGGAUAAAUAGCACAAAACAUAAGAGGGAAAAUAUGUAUUUUUGAUUUUGGGAUCAACUGUCCCUUUAAGGAGAUUUCUUGUUAACGAAGUUUCUGUUUACGUUCAGUGUUUCUCACCAAGACUCGCUGCGUUCAUCAUUAAGGUCUGACAAAUGUGUGGAGUGCAUGUCCUUUAUCUCUUUGCAAAGCUAAAGUUUGAAACCUGUAUUGUUUACAUCCAUGUUUACUAGCUCGCCGUCUUCUUCUUCACCGCCUGUGUUGGUAUAGGACAUGCUACUGUGGCGUGUGUGUGUCCUCAACAACACGAGACAAACACAACCAUGGCUCCGUAGCAUUAAUGGUGGUCAACAACUCCACAGGGAACCUUUCAUUUCUUAAUCUAAACAGUUAAACUCUUCGGUAAGUCUUCAAUCUGUCUCUCAAAGAUGUUUGUGUGCUUCCUUCAUGAACCGUGUGUGUCACCUGCAGAUAAAUAUUAGAUGGGCAAAAUAAUGUGAUUUACAGAAUGUAUAAUUCAAUAUGAUUAAAUUAAAGAUGACGAUAGGCUUUUACUUUCAACAGUUUCUCUAAAUACGGACACGCUGUUCAGUAAAGUUGCCACAUAAGUACCUGAUUUCUUCACUUUAACAGCUUUUUGACUCUGGCCUUUAAAUCAUCUCAUAAAAAUAACCCUCUUCUGGUUUGCUCUUUUUUAAUCAUUCAAAAAUGUAGAUACAGACAAAUGUUGCCUAUUGUGUUUCACAAAAGUUUGUUGUAUUUGUCAGAAAAAAGAAGGAAUUCACACACAGUCCAACUUAUUACCAACCUCACACUUUGCCUUUAAAUCACAUAGUAUUUAAUUGACAUUUUCAAUACGUAGGGACGGUUGUAUUCAGUUAUUUUUUUAGCCUGCGUUAUCUGAUAUUGCACAAGUAAAGCUGAGGUGGAGUGACUCAAGAUGUGGGUAUUCCUUUUUUUCAGAUCUCUUCUGUUCAUUGGUUAGCUUCAGUUGUAUAUUUAUCAAUAUUUCUCCGACUAAAUGGGAUUUUAUUCCACGACAUGAAUGUAUGUUUCAAUAAAUGUAUAUUUUGAUGCUG